CCCCCCUCUCCACCCACCGCCCGCAUUUCAAGGCUGGAGAUUCUUCCCGCCAUUUUUGGUCAGCUCAGCCUCAGUUGCUGGCCUUAACAUUCGCGACCUCAGACAGCAGCUGACUCGUCUGAUCCCUGUCAGCUUGACCUUGGGACACAUCUUCCCACAUUUAUUUGUCUUCGCUGCUAUCCUUCUUCCCUUUGAUCUUCACCAAUAUAGCUCAGUUUCUGCGUUUAGCUCCUGUAUUCAAUUUUUCUUCACCUCACCUGUGAAUCAUUACUCUGCUUGUUUCGCUGAAGCAAUAUCAAAAGGUCUUUUCCCAAAUCUUAUCCACAAUGACCACUAUCUCGCACCACAUUAUGGAGGACACCCAGAGGAGGCCUAAGGGUAUUCUCAAGAACUCUAGCGGCUCUAUUCCGCAGAUCGCACACGUCCAUGACACCUUAACCGUUCCGCAGACCAACUCUGAUGGGGUCGACACCAAGGAACUGACGCUGCAAAACACCUUACAAAAUGCCGGUCGCCGUCGCUCUAGCUCCAACACCCGCCCAGGGUCUUCCUCUCGGCGGCAAUCACUAGCGCAUAUUCAUGGGCACCCGGAGGAGAAUUCACCGCGCUUGAAAUGGGACGAGGCCAAUUUGUACUUGACCGAACAGGAGAAGACGGCCAAGAUGAAGAUCGACGAACCCAAGACGCCGUUUGCGCCACACUACGACCCGGCCGAGGACGAGGACGAGCUCGAGGCCGAGGAUACCCUGAUUGAUGCGCAGGGGGUCGUGGUAGAUGAACUAGACAAGACGAUGAAGGCGCCCAAGCGAGCGGUGGCCGAGGAUGAAAUCCCCGAGUUGGAGCUGGGCGAGCCGGAGGAGUCCUUCGCGGGGGAUGCGCAUGUCGGAGUCAAUGAUCGGAUCGUGCGCGAGCGAAGUCUGAGUAAUGAAUCGCACCGGAGCAACAAGCAUGUGGUGGUGGGUGCGGGCGAGGCGAACGGCGAUUCUCAAUUGGGGCCCGAUGGGCUAAUUACGUCGCAUGAGGCCGCGGAGAAACAUCGUCAGUUUGAGCAGCACCGAAAGAAGCAUUAUGAGAUGCGUAACAUUAAAGAACUCCUGGCGCAUCCCGAACUGGAUGAGAUGGACGAGGAUGAGGACGAGACUGAGGAGGGAUCUACAGCCCCGGCGGUGCCCCCUCCGAUGCCCCAGAUCCCAGGGCGCUUUCUAAACGGCAAUAGAUCGGGUUAGAUCGGGCUAGAUCGGGCCAUCGGAGCCGUCCUCUGCUGUGCUGAUCAUUUCACCUUCAUUCUCACUCGCUGCGUUCAUUUCCUAGCUGUAUAUUCCCCAGCGUUGGUUUUCGGUCCAGAUGGGCCUGUAUGUGUUCUAUGAAUUGUAAAACCUUUUCUUUUUAUUUAUUUUUUCUUAUCUCGCCCCCUGUUCUCUUUCUCCUCCUCGGGAUGGGUCGACCCGGCUAGUCUGAUAGAUGAGAUGGACAUAGCUGCUUGCAUGCAUAAAUCCGACCGAUUCUUAUUCUUGCCG